AUGCCUGUCCGUCCACUGCCGCUGAUUGCCCCUGCGUUUGCACUGGCAGUAUCGGGUGGACCUGCGCACAGACCUUUCUGCCCACCAUACAAAUUCAGCGAUGAGACAUUGGACAUACCCAUCCAGUCAUCGCACGAUGCUAGUCACUGCUCCCUCGAAGCAUCUCGCAAACGUUACGGAACUCUGCUGCAGGAGACGGCCUAUCAAAGCAAGACGAUGUGGCGGGCAGCUACACGAUACUAUGCACCAGAGCGGUGGGAGGCUUGGGGCACACUCUAUGAGACAAUGUCUCACUUGGAAUGCUUUGCAGCUUUCAGGUCUUGCUUUCCUGGUGGCAUCCAAGAGGAAGCCCUGACUGUCGUACCCGUGUGCUGGGCUUUUCAGGAGGAGGUCAAGAAGGUGUUUCGAUUGGAUGCACACAUGACGCAGGCGGCUGCACAGCUUGGAAUGCAGAUCCUUUCAAGUGAAGAUGACCUUCGUCGACUGCGGCACCCUUGCUACGACACUGCGCACGUGACUACUUUCGAGACGCACGACAUUUUGCGUCGUCAGGCCAUCUAUCCGGCAUCAAACCUGUUCGGCGACCAUGCUGGUGGCGCUGCAGCCGGCUUGGUGCCGUUCUGGAUUCCCCGGUGGACAGCUCCAGUCUCUCACACCUUCGGUGUGUGCAACCGCACGGACCUGUUGAAGUGGUAUGACUCCUUUGAGAGGCCGCGGCUCCCCAGCCAGCUGCCAGCCGAAUGGCAGCGCUGGGUCGUGAACCUGGGUGCCGGGGAUGGCUCUUGUGGCCAGGACGUCGUUCGACAGGAUAAUCUCGCACGGGGACUCUUCGGCAUGUCGGACCCGACGAACUGCUUGCUUCGGGAAGGAUUUGGAGGUUUGGUGUUCGAGGGUGACGACAGGCGCCUCCACGACCUCCAAAGCCUCGUGGAAAAUCGUACAGAUGUGGAACUUCAUUUUGGUUUCGUGGAUCCGGGUAUUGCAACCAAGCGCAUCCUGGAGUAUCAAGCACACCAUGGCCCAUCAUCUCCACAGUGGCUCAAGGUUGACGUGGACAACUGCGACUGCUGCUUUGUGGAAGAUGUUCUGAAAGCUGGAAUCCGACCUCUUCUCAUUCAUGUGGAAGUGCAUCCGCUGGUUCCUCCACCCCUUGUGUACAGGCCGGUCUUUUUCGAUCCCAGCAUUGGGGACUCGAUGCUCUCGCUGAGUGUCUUGGAGGGGCGUCCUGGACACAUGCUUCACUGUUCACUAUCUGCUUUCGAAGAGCUACUUGAUGAUUAUGGGUAUCAUCUCGUCUAUUUUCAUUAUCAUGAUGCAACGUUUGCUCUUCGAGACAUCGUGGAGCCUCCUUUUUGGAUGGAUAAGCAGAGUCUGCAAGACGUGUGGUAUGGCCUGUUUUACUGUCACCCACUGCGUGCGUGGGACCCGCUCGAAGUCUUGUACAAGCAAACGUUCCUCUACGACUAUAGGCGAUGGACGGAUCUGGAAGUCCCCGCUCAAGAGCGUAUGCUGAGGUUGAAGCAGUACUUGACUUCCUGGCACGUUCCAGAAAGUCAGUAUGUCCUUCGGCUCGGCAGAAGCAUGGAGGUUUCUGCCAGCCAGCUCGCAUUGCGACGAGAGGCCGGCCAGGAGUUCCGGGCCAAUUGUGGCCCCAGUGAGAGGCAGACUUGGCAGGACCGGGCCAAGGCUGCCAGUCGCAAGCGCGCGCCGCCGGGAAGUCGGGUCGCUUUGUUCUCUCAGAUCCGCGACUGUGCGAAUAUCAUUGAGAGCUUCGUCUGCCACUAUGCAGCUUUGGGUUUCUGCAAGUUGCUGUUGUACCUCGAUGAUCCGAGCGAUUCCUCGGCAGAAGUGCUACAGAAGAGCGGCUGGGUACAAGCGGGCUUCGUGGAACUUGUCGCCGUCGACUCACAACUUCGUGAGCAGUGGCCUUCCAUGCCUUCGUGGGAACGCGUCGGGCGCUUUGCGGAUAUGGAGGUGCAGAGCCGACAGAUCCUGAACAACGAGCACGCGCUGCGGCGGGCCGGCGAGCUCCGCUUGGACUGGCUGCUGCACGUGGACAGCGACGAGCUGCUUGGAGCUUAUUCGCAAGGCUCAAGCGUAAAGAGCCCGGCAGAACCCAGCUUCCACAGAUUUUGCACCUUCCUCUGCGCCAAAGUCAUGCUCCCGGAAGAGGCUGCAGCCGCUGCCCGAAAGUCGGUCAGACGCUCAAAGAUUGCUUUCCCGGAGUUGACAAGUCCCGCGUCCGUCCAGCAGGUUUUGGCUCGACAUGCAAAGCUUGCUGCACGGUGGCGAUCUGACACCUCCACAUUCAGCGCGCUAAACCUGGAAGUCGCGGAUGUGAAGCCGUCGCUGCAGUCUCCUCUGUUCACGCUCCUCCUCAAGUCUUCGUUCAAGCCUUCGGAGAAGGCCCAGGUUCCGGAUGCUAAGCCAACCGUGGAGCCAGAACAGGACGAGCGAGCUCAACAGAAGGCCUGGCUGGCGACCAGACAGAAACUUCUCAGCUUUCGAAAACUUGUUGAGGACUCGGUGCCUCCUGAAAUGGUUGGCCUCGGGACGAAACUGAUGAUUGUGCCCAGCAUGGACCCACUCAAGCGACAGCAGUCGGAACCGUGUCCGUCCACAUUCACCGAAAAAUCGAUGCCCAAGCGGCAAACCUCAACAAGAGAGCCAAGGAGUCGUGGCGGCUCAAGAUCAGGGAUGUCCCCUGCGAUGGCCUUGCCGACUCCAUCUGCAAAUGCCUACCGCGUCGGAACUACACCGCAGUCUGACAUUGAGAGCUUGAAGCGGAAGGUGCAAAGCUUGCUCAACAAAGUGUGCCCUGAGAAUUUGGCCACCAUCGUUGGGCAGAUCGCCGCCGUUCAGGUCGAGGGGCAAGAGCAGCUCGAAGCGAUCAUUGAGUUGAUCUUCCGGAAAGCAGUCACCGAACCACACUAUUGCGAGACAUAUGCGGAUCUGGUUUUCAGCCUCAAGUCUGUUUACCCAGACUUCCCCAGCCCCGAUGGUGGAAAGCCGGUGACCUUUCGAAGCUUGGUUCUCAACAUUUGCCAGAACGAAUUCGAGGAGCUGUUGGCAUCUUCCGACCUUACGGAAGAAGAGAAGUCCAACUGCGAUGCAGAGGAGAAGGCACACCUGAUCAAGCAUAAGAAGCACAGAAUGUGUGCAAACAUGAAGUUUAUCGGGCAUCUGUUUCUGCGACAGCUUCUGUCCACGAAAGUUGUCGGCUCCGUCAUCUGCGAGCUGGUUUGCUUCGAAGAUGACAAGACGACGCCCGAGGAGCAUGCGCUUGAGUGUGCUUGUGAGCUGCUCCUGACAGCUGGCUAUACGAUGGAGAGCCUACCAGCAGGAGAAGUGGCGCUGAGACUGGCAUGUGACAGACUCAAGGACCUGAAGGUGCGCAAGACACCUGAAGGAAAGAAUGCGUACAGCAAAAGGAUGCAAUUCAUGAUCCAGGAUGUUUUGGAGACGCGAGCCGCCGGCUGGUCGAAAAAGGUCUUCAAGGCCUCGGCCAAGACCAAAGAGGAGCUGCGCGAAAGCAGCGAGAAGGCCAGUGGAAAGGACGCAGUGGCAGAGCACGUGGUCACAGGAAAGCGACCUGUGUACCUCGGCUCCAGGAGGUCACUUCUUUUUCCGAUUCGUGCUUUUAAUCCGGCCUGGUUGCAGUGGCAUAGCGGCUUGUCACUUGUGGAAGUCGUUCUGGAAUUCAACGGCUACGAACGCAAGCAGCAUCCCCGCAACAAGGCUCUGUCUUCCUUCGGCUGCACCAACCUUUUUUUCAGCCUUAACUGCUCGAGGCUGCCGGCUGCACCAUGCCAGCGACUCAUCCAGGAGCAUUGCAAGCUGCAUUUGGCCAAUUGCGCUGUCGAGGGUGUGCCAGAGACGACUGAUUCGACGGAUGUGCUGCAAAGCGUUCGUGUGUUCCGCCAGAACAUGGGGCUCGUCCCGCGAAACCCGGCAGCAGGCCGUGCCUUUUUCCAAUGGCAGCUUCGACUGGGUGGAUGGUUCAUCUCAUACGAGAACGGGAAGUCUGCCGUCAGCGUUAAGAAUGCUAGGUCUACGGAUGGUUCCACCUUGUUUUCCUACACGGCUGAUUCCGGAAGUUUGUAUGGCACGCUGGGACAUCUGCCGGCCGGACAGCACAAGCCUGACGAAAAGCGCCAGAUCUGGGAUUGGGACUCCGGAAAGUACCUGGGAGAGAUUGAUGAGGUUCCUUACACAUACAAUGUGAUUGGAAACCUCAACGAACAUGGGCUGGCCAUCGGUGAAACAACUUUUGGUGGUAAUGAGACCUUGGGUGGAGGCGAGGGUGUGAUGGAUUAUGGGAACUUGAUUUGGGUAACGCUGCAGCGGAGCAAGACUGCUCGCGAAGCCAUCCUGACAUUCGACAAGCUUGUCAGCGAGUAUGGCUAUGUUUCAGACGGGGAGUCUUUCACGAUCGCUGACCCAAACGAGGUGUGGGUCCUUGAGAUGAUUGGUAAAGGCAAGUUUGAGAAAGGAGCAAUAUGGGUGGCAGUCCGAAUUCCAGAUGGACAUGUCAGUGGGCAUGCCAACCAAGCUCGCAUUCAGAAGUUUCCGUUGAACGAUUCUUCCGUGUGCGUCUACUCUGAUGAUGUCAUCAGCUUCGCUGAGAAAGUUGGACUGUGGGAUAGCAGCCGGAAGAAGGAGGACUUCAGCUUUGCUGACACCUAUGACCCCAUCACUUUUUCUGGAGCACGCCUGAGCGAUGCCAGAGUGUGGUCUUUCUUAUCCAGGGUCGCUGCAGACCGCAGCUUUGAGAAGACAUAUGAGAACUAUGUGCUUGGCCACAACGUUUCAGCUGCUGCUCGCAUGCCUCUUUCUGUUGAAGCUGGUGCGAAGAUAUCUGUGCUUGACCUGAUGUCCUACAUGCGAAACCAUUACGAAGGCACGGUGCUCGACUCCCGCAGCGACGUGGGGGCAGGACCUUCAGGUUCUCCUUUCAGGGUCAGGCCUCUCGAGUGGCAACUCGGAGCCGACGCGUACGUCCACGAGCGCAGCGUUGGCACGCCCCAGGCUGGAUGGAACUUCAUCGCCCAGCUUCGAUCAUGGCUUCCACCAGCUAUUGGCGGGCUGCUCUGGUUUGGAGUCGAUGACGCAUCAUUCUCAGUGCAUGCUCCUUUUCAUGGCGGUACAACGCGAGUUCCCCACAGCUAUGCCGAUGGAAACGGCGAUGCUCUGACGUUCUCCAGGGACUCUGCAUUUUGGGCAUUCAAUACCGUGGCGAACUUUCUGUACCCCAGGUGGUUUGCGGCGGCUGGCGUCGUGCAAAAAGCCGGCGAGGCGGAGGAGCGCUUCGCCCGGGCACUGGAAUUGGAGGAACUGGUCGCAGUGGCAAAGUAUCGAAAGGAUCCUGCAGCUGCCUUGGAGUACUUGACCGCGGCAGACGGUGCACGGGCCGACAAAAUUGUGCAAGAAGAGUGGGCUCUGUUUGGUCAACUCAUGGUGACCUUCCGUGACGGCUUCCACAUUUCUUCCCUUGGGCCACAAGCGCCUGACCACGGAGGUCGCCAGGGAGGUAUUGUGCCGAAGGUCGAAGAGGUCGGAUAUUCGAACCGCUGGUAUGAACGUAUCGCACAGGACACGGGGGAUCACUACAAGGUGCCCAAGACAUCGAGCCAAGUGCAAGUGCUGGAGCAGAGGAAGCUGCGCACCUUGAGCAGAGGAAUCGCCGCACGGGAUGCGAAAUCGCCUGCCACCCCGCAUCUGGAGAUGGUAGUCUGA